GCACGUGAGCGUGUUAGCCUGUGACGCGUUGCUAGGACAGGCGGAGGUAGUGUGUCCUGUGGGGCGCACCGUAGUGGGGGGGACGGGAAGGAUCCAGGCUGUGCUGGACAAACGGCUUGGUUAUUCGAGGGAAAGCGAUUGUGUGUGUUUUCCCGGCGUAUUGCGUAUGGACUAUCGGGAGCCCCGGAAAGUGUGUCCGGAGUGAGCGGAGAGGGCGCGGAGUAUGGCGGAGCCGCGGGAGCAGUGACAGUGUGUAGAAGACUGAUGAAGCUGGACUCCGGAUACACUGCUGCCUUUUAUUUUUGUGACUCAGUUUUUUAAUUAUCAUUUUUUUUUUUUUUUUUUUUUUUACAUUUUUUUUUCUUGCUAUGAAAAAAUUUGCUUAUUUUAAGGUGGUCUUGGCCACCUCAUUGGUUUGGGUCUUCUUGGAUAUAUUUCUAUUGCUGUACUUCAGCGAAUGCAACAAAUGUGAGGAUAAGGAGCGGGGCCUGCCUGCUGGAGAGGGUCCUGGUGUCGUUCAGAAGCUUCAUGAGGGUCCAGGAGAAAUGGGGAAACCUGUUGUCCUGCCUAAAGAAGAUCAAGAGAAGAUGAAGGAAAUGUUUAAGAUCAAUCAAUUCAAUCUAAUGGCCAGUGAGAUGAUAGCACUGAACAGAACCUUACCUGACGUCCGGCUGGAAGGGUGUAAAACUAAAGUGUAUCCGGAUAAUUUACCAACCACAAGUGUUGUGAUAGUGUUUCACAAUGAAGCCUGGACAACCUUAUUAAGGACUGUGCACAGUGUUAUAAAUAGGUCCCCACGACAUCUUCUCGAAGAGAUCAUUCUCGUGGAUGAUGCCAGUGAAAGAGAUUUUUUGAAAAGACCACUAGAAAUCUAUAUUAGAAAAUUGAAAGUACCAGUACAUGUGCUUCGCAUGGAACAGCGUUCAGGGCUGAUCAGAGCCAGACUGCGAGGUGCAGCUGCUUCCAAAGGACAGGUCAUCACUUUUCUAGAUGCUCAUUGUGAAUGUACGUUAGGAUGGCUGGAACCUCUCCUGGCACGGAUAAAACAUGACAGGAGGACUGUGGUGUGCCCUAUCAUUGAUGUCAUUAGUGAUGAUACAUUUGAAUACAUGGCUGGGUCUGACAUGACGUAUGGUGGGUUUAACUGGAAGUUGAACUUCAGAUGGUACCCUGUUCCCCAGCGUGAAAUGGAUCGGAGGAGAGGAGAUCGAACUCUUCCAGUCAGGACUCCUACUAUGGCAGGGGGCCUCUUUUCAAUAGACAGAGAUUAUUUCCAGGAGAUUGGUACAUAUGAUGCUGGAAUGGAUAUUUGGGGAGGGGAAAAUUUAGAAAUUUCAUUCAGGAUAUGGCAAUGUGGAGGUACACUUGAAAUAGUCACUUGUUCACAUGUCGGUCACGUUUUUCGAAAAGCUACUCCAUACACCUUUCCAGGUGGUACAGGGCAAAUUAUCAACAAGAACAACCGAAGGUUGGCAGAAGUGUGGAUGGAUGAAUUCAAGAACUUCUUUUAUAUAAUUUCACCAGGAGUUACUAAAGUAGACUACGGGGACAUAUCUUCAAGAGUUGGCUUGAGGCAUAAACUUCAAUGCAAACCAUUUGCUUGGUACUUAGAAAAUGUGUAUCCUGAUUCCCAGAUACCUCGACACUAUUUUUCUUUGGGAGAGAUUAGAAAUGUUGAGACAAAUCAGUGUUUGGACAAUAUGGCAAGGAAGGAAAAUGAAAAAGUUGGUAUUUUCAACUGCCAUGGAAUGGGAGGAAACCAGGUGUUUUCCUACACGGCUAGCAAAGAAAUCAGAACAGAUGAUUUAUGUUUAGAUGUCUCCAAGCUUAAUGGCCCAGUCAUAAUGCUUAAGUGCCACCAUUUAAGAGGCAAUCAGCUAUGGGAGUAUGAUACAGUGAAAUUAACGUUAAUCCACGUGAAUAGCAACCAGUGUCUGGACAAAGCUGCAGAAGAAGACAGUCAAGUACCCAGCAUCAGAGACUGUAAUGGCAGCCACUCUCAGCAGUGGCUUUUGCGUAACGUUACUCUUCCAGAAAUCUUUUGAAAUAUCUCAUUAUUGGAACACGAGAGACUGAAGAACAUUUAAUAAACUAAAAGAAUUGACUGCACUACCUCUGCACAUGUAACUUGCACAUCCUUGAGCAUUCAGAGAUGGAAAGGAAACUAUUUUCUGCACUUGUAAAAUGCAGGGGCACAUAUCAGCUAAGACAUCCUUGUCGGUGUUCCCCGAGCUGUGAACUAGCCCCCUCUGAAGGAUGUGAAGUGGUUUACUUUGUAUCGGAACUGUGCACACUGAAGUUUACAAGAAGGAUCAAAGUCUUUAAGGAGUUAUCCAUAAGAACUAAAGAAAAUGCAAACUAUUGUGUUUGUCCCCAGAAGAACUGCAUAUCUGUAAGGUUUGCUUGCACAUGUCUGGCCUCUGUGUUGGCAUGCUCCAGAAGCUAUAUGCCAAGCAACUGUGACACUUUACAGUUUUAUCACAUACAAUAUGCUCCAUAUUCGGAGAAAAGAAUGUACAGAACAGUGAACUGCAGAAUCCCAAAUAACAUCACCUAUUCAUGCCCAUUGUUUCUAUGUGCAGAAAACAGGGUUAAGAGUUGAAAAUCACGUAUAUCAGAAGUACAAUUUGUUAUAGCAAAAAUAUCAGAUUUAUACGUAGGUUUUUAUUUUUAUUUUUUUAUUUUCUUUAAACGUCUGCUAGGAUGAUAACCAGUUAAAAUCACAUUGUUUCAUUUGUGUCAUAGUAAUGAAUAGAAUAUAUUUUUCUUGAUGGAAAUUAUGUUAAUUUUUAAGAGAAAACAGAACAAGGGUUGGGAAGGUCAUUUUGGUGUUUGUUUUUCCAUCUUAAGUCGUCUUUUUUUUAAUUUUUUUUUUUUUUUUGCUCUGGUACUUUUCCAUGUAUUUCUUGUAUUUUCACUUUGCCUUUUAAGACUGAAGAUUAAUAAUACCUUACAACAUAUAGUGUUGUAUUAGCUAAUUGAAUUCAAUUUUUGAGUGCAAAUUCUAGACUGAGAUAAAUGAUUCCAAAAACAAACAAGCAUUGCAGUAAAAUAUAACUGAGUAUUUGUAGUCCCCAAAAUUCAUACUACUGUACAUUUUUUACACAGCAAUAAAUCUAGUUUGUUCUAGCCAAA